GCGAAUUUUGCAGUUAUGAGUACUAGGCUUAAGUUCGGAAUGGAAUUUUAGUGCAUUGCUGCGGUGUUUGUGUAAUGUUUGGGUGGGUUCGGCUUGCUCACUCCGUGCACUGAUUCCAUUCGCACUCCAACCGUUCGGGUUAAGGUUCGGGUAUUGCUUCUUAUCGUAUUAGGGGUGACUCCAUUAGCUCUGUUCACUCCACUCCAACUCCGCGCUGAAUAGCCGAACCCAGCUUUUGUAGUGCAGUGUUAUAUCACGUGAUGAAGGUGUAAUCGGCGGUGUAACACUGAAUACACCUUAGAGCAGGUAAAGCGCUGUCCUACGGACAUAAGAAGUAGGAACGCGCCAUUCUGAAAAUACCUGGAAAAAAACCGCUUCACUUUCCAAAUCCAAGUUACUACUUCUCUUUACCUUCACCUGCUCUAAGGAAUUCACCAUCAUUUUGUACCGAGUAAACGGUGUCCCAUCAUCUUCACAUCAUUUGAACACCAAAUUAUUUCUAGACUCACUAACCCUGAUCCGAUUAACCCAAUCAUCAGCUGUUUAAUAUUCAUCUUUCUUUAAUGAACAUAAUUAAAAAAAGACAAAACUACAUCAGCCCGUGAUCUGAUUAAUCGGUUCAGUGUUUUCGAAAAACCCUUAGAUGACAUCUGUGUGUAGAGCAUAACCUCACUUUCAUUUGCUGUCAAAAAUAUUUCCCUCCAAAAACAAAUUUUAAAAAUCGAUAACUAUUUAGAUCAUAACAAUUUACCCAAUAAACCAGAAAAAUAAUGAGUCCCUAAUCAAACCCCAACCAAAAAUCCACAAUGGGAAUCACCGGACUUUUACCCUAUCUAGCUCAAGCAACAAGGCAAUGCCACAUUUCGGAGUUCCGAAACGGUACCGUAGCAGUAGACUCGUACUGCCUGCUCCACAAAGGUACCAACGCUUGUGCCGAACAACUAGCCCGCGGCGAAGACAACCAAAUCCUUUUUAGGAGCGACAACAUGUCUGGGGCCAGCGUAAACGUUUUAACUUUAAACGGCCGCAGGCAAACAGUAAAAUGUACUCCAAACACUACAAUUUUGCAGAUAAUCGAGGAAGUGUGCAAAAAGCAGGGCCUCAACCCUAUCGAAUACGACAUCAAACAUCAUAAUAAGAUUUUGGAUACGACUGCUACUUUUAGAUUUUCUGGGCUGCCUAAUAACGCUCAGCUAGAACUAGCGGUUGCUGUUAAAAAUCGAGAGGAAGGCGAUAUUACUCUAGCGGUUAAUCUGGAAAAUGGAUCUAGAGUUACAGGCAUUUUUACUCCAAAUGAUACCCUAUUGAAUGUCCUGAAUAAGCUUUGUCCAGAAAACUCCAGUCCCGAUAAAAAUCCUGUGGUAAUUUAUACUAGAAGAGAAAUCUAUGGACGAGAAUUAGAAAAUUGCACUUUAAGAAGUUUGGGUUUGGUAGGAGGCAGAGCAAUGAUAAGAGUCCUAAAUAGAGAUCCAAAACUUUUACAUCAACAAGCUAACAUAAGCGCUCUACUACCAUCAAAACCAGUGGAAGAAAAACCUUACAUAAGAAAAUUUCAACCUAUUGAUAAUCCUUCUAAACAACAACAAUCUGUUGAUAAUCCUUCUACGCAAUUACCAAAUGAAUCUCAUAAGGAUAACAAUGAAAGUUGGUACAAUUAUGGUAAAGGAAAUAAGUUGGGAAGUUCUGAGGAAAAAUCCCAAAUACAACCGCAAAAAAAUGUCAAAAAUACUACAGUGGAUAUUUUGAAGUUGGCCAAAGAAAAACGAAAAUCUCCAGAGAAUCAAAAAAAUCCUGACAUCAAAGGUAAAAAGAAAAUGACAAAGAAUGUACCACAAAAAAGCAUUGAGGAAGAAUUUGUUUUUUGUGGUGAAAGAAAUGGAAUGAUCUUCUCUUUGGAAUCAGCCCAUUCAGUACCAUCCGAAGAACUACCAGACGAUUUUUUCGACCUUACAAUAGAUGAUGCCAAAAAAAUUCUGCGAGAUGUCAAAAAGAAGAGGCACGAACUGGAAAAUCAAGUUUUGAAAACUUCACAAUUGAGGACUUUGGAGGAGUCCAAAAAACAACUGAGGAAUUUGAACAAGUAUAAACGUGCCAUAAUUAGAGUGCAAUUUCCAGAUCGCACUGUAGUGCAAGGCACUUUUAAGCCUACCGAAACUGUACGAGACGUUUUGGAUUUUGUAAAAGGAUAUUUGGAGGAUCAAAACAUUGAUUUUUAUAUUUAUUCUACACCACCAAAGGCAAUUUUACAAAAAGAAAGUAGACUGAUUGAAAUUGGUUGUGUGCCAGGCGCUUUAUUGUAUUUUGGUACUAAUUUAGAACAAAAAGAUGAUUUUUUGAAGAAGGAAUUGCAAAAUAUGUUCACUACAAACAGUGUAGCCAGUUUGGCUGCAGCUAGAAUAAGGCACGAAAAUACAAGAAACAUUGAAGAGCCUGAAGAAGAAGAAUCGUUCAUGGACACAUCAGAUGAUCACAGCAAUAUUGUUAAUUACGGUGCUAGCACCAGUGCCAGCGCUGACAGCAGUGAAAGAAAAAUCGUUACCGAUUCAAAACAAUUUCCCAAGUGGUUCAAACCCCAUUAAAGAAGAAUUAUUGAACAUUUGAUUUUUAUUAGAAAAUAAAUUACACUUUUAAAGUCACACACUAUUAUAUAUUGUUGUAUAAUUAAAUUAAAAAAGAAAAAAACUAAACCUAGAAACAUAACAAAAAAUAAUAAAAAAAAAAACAUUUUUUGUCUGCAUUGUGUAAAAUGAAGUGUAUAUACAACUUAACACUAAAAAAAAAUACUAAUUAAUUUGAAAAAAAAAAGAAUACAUUUUUACAUUAUCGGCAAUAUUGUUUUUCUUGCCUCGCAUUCUAAACCUUUACGUUAUUUUGUAUAUGAGGCAAAUGUCAAAAAUUAAUUUUUUGCCUAAAAAUUACAAAUUUUAAAUAUCUGAAAAAUCUAACAGUAACAGUUUUGGUAAGAAUACAUUACAAAAAAAAAAAGUCAAAUUACGUUGUUGCCAAAUUCAAAAAAAAAAAAAUAAGUUCUAACUGGCUUUAUUCAAACUCAAUCGUUUCUUAGUAGGCGCCCCCUCAACACAAACACUUUUUCUCCUAGUAGGCAAACCGUCAGGGCCGCCUUUGACGCGCCUCUGCAAUCCUAUGUUGCCAGUUUUCCUGCCAGCUUGGGGUGUCGUUUUGGAAGUAGACGGUUGUUUUUCUGAAGGAUGCGGCGAUUGCAAAGGGUUGGCUUUGUACAACUUGUGAGCGUCCAAUUGAGCUUGUCUCGAUUGUUUCAAAACUGUUUUUAUUGCUUCUGAUUCGCCCAUCAUUUGCUGGAGCUUUUGCAGGGUGGUGUAAAGACACACUGCACUUAACAAUCCAAAAUCGAACAAUGAAGUUAGAUGCAGAACAAAGUUUCUGUAUAGGUUUUUGAGCAGUAGCUCUUUGCCUUUUUGCUGGACAAACAUUUGACAGGCUCGAGGUAUUUGACAGUCGCCCACGUAGCCGUACUUCAUCACGUGCAAGUUCCACAUUUUCAUCAGUUCUUUUUCGCCUUCGUUAACGUCCGUGAACUCGUCGAUCAUCAUCCUGGUUUUGUUUUGGAGCCAUUCCGGGUCGUUUUCGCCUUCAGAAUCGCAGUCCAUUUCUUUGGGAAAGAUUGGUAGACAUGUGUUUGUGUGAUGAUACAAU